AUGCAUGCUUCUCUAGUUGCAGCCGUCAUCGCCUUCAUUUCAUCCAUGUCAUUGAUUCGUCUAACAACAGCUAACGAAGGAACUUUGCAUCUAAUAUUAAGGUAUGCGGCUGCCAUUUCAGGGUCACUUUGGAUGAUUUUUCUAACACUGGUUAUCUCACCAGUUUUGGGAUGGUGCCUUAUGGGACUAAUGGCCUGUGCAACUGCACUAGCAAUAAUAUAUGAACGUGAGGCCGGCGCUGACACGGGUGCAGGCGCUGGUGCUGGUGCUGGUGCUGGUGCAGGUGCAGGAACAGGCGCUGGUGGUGGCGCUGGUGCAGGUGCAGGUGCAGGCGCUGGUGCGGGCGCAGGUGGUGGCGCUGGUCAAGUUGAUGGAGACGGGGCACGAGUCGAGGGCCAAGUCUAG